ACAUAAGGCCACAAUUUCUUUUUCCUUUCUCUCUCUCUCUCUCUAUAUAUAUAUAUGUGUGUGUGUGUUAGUUAUACGAUUGAUUGAUGAUUACUGUUCGACCCCAUCUCGAACAGAUUAAGCCGAACCAUGGGUGAUCGACUCGGCCAGACUGUGGCCUCAGACUUGGAGGGCACCCUCCUUUUGUCAAGAAGUCCCUUCCCUUACUUCUUCCUCGUUGCCCUUGAAGCCGGGAGCCCUAUAAGGGCACUUGCCCUCUUGCUCGCAUUCCCUGUCAUCCAUGUCCUUAACUUGUUUCAGUCAUGCGAGUCAAUGGCCAUCAAAAUUUACAUUUUCAUUUCCUUCGCGGGGCUCAAGAUCAGGGACAUCGAGCUCGUCUCUAGGGCUGUGUUGCCCAAGUUCUAUGCUGAUGAUGUGCACCCGGAGACAUGGAGGGUCUUCAGCUCGUACGAGAAGCGUUACGUGAUCAGUGUGUGUCCCAGGGUCAUGCUCGAGCCAUUUGCCAAGGCGUUUCUUGGGGCUGACAAGGUGAUCGUGACUGACCUGGAGGUCUCGAGGUCGAGGAGAGCCACCGGGUUUGUUAAGAAACCUGGUGGGGUUUUGGUCGGAUGGAGGAGAAGAGAAGCUCUAGAAGAGGAGUUUGGAGUGGAGGGACUGGACUUGGGGUUGGUAAAUAAUGAUCAGUAUGGUUGUGAUUUCAUGUCCAUGUGUAAGGAAUCAUACAUGAUAUCAAGGGCAACUAACUGGGAGCCAUUGCCAAGAAACAAGUUCCAUAGCAGGGUGAUAUUCCACGACGGGCGGCUGGUCCAAAGGCCAACCCCUUCGACUGCCGUCCUGAUCUUCCUAUGGUUGCCAAUCGGAGUGCUCCUCUCCAUCCUACGGAUCUACCUUAUCAUUUGCUUGCCCCAUCGAAUACACCUCCUCGGAUGCAGGCUCCUUGGCAUAAGAAUCAUGAGCAGAGGUAGGCUGGAGGCUCAUCAACAACCAUUGCAUAGUGGUGGCCGACGCAGUGUCCUGUUUGUAUGCAACCAUCGCACUGUCCAAGAUCCCAUUGCACUGUCGAUCGUGCUGGGGAGGAAGGUGACGGCUGUAACAUAUGGUAUAAGCCGGUUCUCGGAGCUGAUCUCGCCUAUCAGGACCGUUUCCUUACUGAGGGAGAGGGACAAGGAUGCAGUAACAAUGAAGAAGCUACUCGAGGAAGGGGAUGUGGUCGUCUUUCCCGAGGGGACGACGUGCCGCGAGCCCUUCCUCCUCAGGUUCAGUGCACUCUUUGCCGAGCUCAGCGACAGGAUAGUGCCCGUUGCCAUCAACACCAAGCUGAGCAUGUUCCAUGGGACGACAGCCAGAGGGCACAAGAUGCUAGACCCAUACUUCAUGCUCAUGAAUCCGAUGCCGUGCUGCGAGGUCACGUUCUUGGACCAGCUGCCCCCAGAUCUCACCUGCAUCAGUGGCGGGAGGUCCGCUAUCGAAGUAGCCAACAAUGUGCAGAGAGCGGUGGCUGCAGUUCUACGCUUCGAGUGCACUACAUUGACCCGUAGGGAAAAGUAUUAUGCACUUGCAGGGACGGACGGCCGUGUUACUUCAAGGAAGCAAAAGUCUUAAUUAGAUUGUCUCGAGUGCAUACGAUAUAUCUACCUUUAUUUGUGUUAUGCAUGGAAUUUGUUUAAUAAAUGUACCGGUAAGGAAGCAUCUCAUACUUAAGUGCAAACUGACCGUCGAUUGGAAUUAUAUAGCUAGUCUCAUUGGACUAAGGUUAUCUAUAAUUUCAUCGGUCAUAGUGUUAUCUUUUUUAAUUUGUUCGGAUAAUACAACGAGUGGAAGCUAGUCAUAAACAGUCGAAAAAUUA